GAGGCGGGAGCGGACGGAACCUCGGAGGCCUCCGACUCCAGGUCGACGCGCAGCUCGGGUCCCGCCGGCCGUCCUGCCGGUGCUCAGGUCGCGGCCAGCAGGACGACAGGCAGGGGGGCGACAGGCGCGAGAGGAAGCAGGAUUAGGAGGCCCAGGCCUCUGAAGAUCUGAGGAAUCCACCUCCUUGGUCAGGGCUCAUAACCACCAUUGUUGCCCCCCCGCUCCCCCCCCACACACACACACUGGCCUGUGUGUGCACCCCAGCCCAGCAAUGGCCCUGGUCAGCAUCAAUGAACUGCCUGAGAACAUUCUGCUGGAGGUAUUCACAUACGUGCCUGCCCGUCGGCUGGUAUUGGACUGCCGCCUUGUCUGCAGCUUCUGGCGCGACCUCAUCGACCUUAUGACCCUCUGGAAACGCAAGAGCCUGCGUGAGGGCUUCAUCACCGAGGACUGCGAUGAGCCUGUGUCUGACUGGAAGAUUUUUUACUUUUUGUGCAGCCUCCGCAGGAACCUCCUACGCAACCCAUGUGCUGAAGAGGGUAUGAGUUCCUGGCAAAUCGACCAAAAUGGGGGGGACCGUUGGAAGGUGGAGAGCUUACCUGGAGCCCAUGGGGAAGAUUUUCCUGACUCCGAGGUCAAGAAGUACUUUGUCACAUCCUAUAGAUUAUGCCUCAAGUCCCAGAAGGUGGACCUCAAAGCUGAGGGCUACUGGGAGGAACUAAUGGACACAGUCCGGCCUGACAUCGUGGUGAAGGACUGGUUCGCUGCCAGAGCAGACUGCGGCUGCACCUACAACAUCCGAGUACAGCUGCUCUCAGCCAACCACAGCGUCUUGGCCUCCUUCGAGCCCCGACGUGUGACCAUCCAGCAGUGGAGCGAUGCCCAGUGGACAGAGGUCUCUCACACCUUCUCAGAUUACCCUCCAGGCGUCCGCCACAUCCUCUUCCAGCAUGGGGGCAGAGACACCCAGUUCUGGGCAGGCUGGUAUGGGCCCCGUGUCACCAACAGCAGCAUCAUCAUCAGCCCUAAGACGACCAGGAACCCAGCGGCCUCCAGAACUCAGCCCGAUACCACGCAGGAGCCGGAAUGAGAACAGGAAUGGGAAUGGGAUGAGGACUUUAAUAACUUGCCCUCCCCACUUCAUUUCUACAGACCCUGACAGUCUGGAUCUGCUAGCCUUUCACCUGCCCUCUGUCCCUGCCAGCCAAGUGCCAAAGGUCUCCUCCAGGCAAGAGAUGGCCUGUGGUGGGCAGGGAGGCCCUUGCCCCGGGACCUCCUGCCACAGUUGUAACCUUGGGCAAACCCACUGUUGUGUAGCUCUCACUUCUUGUCAUAAUAAAUGUUCCCAGGAAAACCA